AUGAUCCCGCGAGGCGCUGGAAUAGCGACGAGAGGCUGUCUGCGAUUACGGUUACGGCCUUGUGGCAGCGGUUAUCAGUCAUUGCGGAUACAGUUACCGUGGCAACAACUGAGAUGGCACGCACAUAUGUCCAACAGUACACCCAAAAUUGAGGCGAAACAGCCCAUCAAAGCACAAUCACAGCAAACGGAAUCCGUCGAGAAACCAACGAAUGAUAUCACCACGAAGCAGCAGAGACAGAUGGACUGGAAUAUAAUAAAGUUGCUCAUAAAGAAUAUCUGGCCUAAAGGAGACAACAAGACGAAAGUCCGCGUCAGUUUGGCAGUAGCUCUGCUCAUUUCAGGCAAAUUGCUUAAUGUGCAAGUGCCAUUUUUCUUCAAGAGUAUAGUGGAUACACUGAAUAUAGAGCUAGAUCCGAGCAUGACAGUAUGGGCUGUCUGCGGCUCUGCUAUUGCCGGCUAUGGUCUUGCGAGGAUUGGAUCGACGACAUUCAACGAGUUACGUAAUGCAGUAUUUGCAAAUGUAGCACAAAGAGCGAUAAGGAGAGUUUCAGGGAAUGUAUUUCGUCAUCUUCUCAGUCUCGAUUUGGGCUUCCACUUGAGCAGACAGACUGGCGGUCUCACUCGUGCCAUCGAUAGAGGUACAAAGGGAAUUUCAUUCUUACUUACAUCUAUCGUAUUUCAUAUUAUACCAACUGCACUCGAAAUUUCGAUGGUAUGUGGAAUUUUGUCUUACAAAUUUGGACCAAGUUUCGCUGGUAUUACUUUGGCUACUAUGCUCGCAUAUAGUUGGUUCACUAUUAGAACAACUUCGUGGCGUAUGCGCUUUCGCAAGGAGGCUAAUGCGGCUGACAAUGCUGGUGCAAAUGUUGCAAUUGACUCGCUGCUCAACUACGAAGCUGUGAAACACUUUAACAAUGAAACCCACCAGGCAAAAUUGUACGAUGGGACGUUGAAGAAAUACGAGGAUGCAUCACUUAAAGUUGCAACAUCGCUAGCUUAUCUUAACAGCGGACAGAAUUUCAUCUUCUCUACUGCACUGACUGCAAUGAUGGUACUUACUGCACAGAAUGUACUCGCUGGAACAAUGACGGUUGGAGAUUUGGUACUUGUCAACCAACUCGUUUUCCAACUCAGUGUGCCUCUCAAUUUUCUAGGCACAGUCUACCGCGAGUUGAGACAGAGUCUGAUAGAUAUGGAGACACUAUUCAAUUUACAGUCUGUAGAUAUAAACGUAAAGUCGAAAGAAAGUGCGCCUCCUAUUCAACUCAAAGGUGGUAACAUCAAGUUUGAGAAUGUACAGUUUGGAUAUCACCCAAUACGCCCGAUAUUCAAAGAUGUCUCAUUUACGAUCCCAGCUGGGAAAAAGGUAGCAAUAGUGGGACCAUCAGGUGGAGGAAAGUCAACAGUUUUUAGACUAUUGUUUAGGUUCUACGACCCAACAUCGGGUAGAAUAACGAUAGAUGGGCAGCCAAUUGAGCAAGUUGAUAUGGAAAGUCUGAGGAAAGUAAUAGGAGUGGUUCCACAGGAUACAGCGCUAUUCCAUGCUGACGUAAUGCAAAAUGUGCGAUAUGGAAGACUGGAUGCUAGUGAUGAGCAAGUAAAGGAGGCAGCUCGGAAGGCGCAAAUGGGUAAGUUGAUAGAGAGUCUACCUGAAGGGUGGAGUACGAGUGUUGGGGAGAGAGGAAUGAUGAUUAGUGGAGGAGAAAAGCAGCGACUGGCGAUUGCGAGGGUCUUUUUGAAGGAUGCGCCAAUAUUAUUCUUCGAUGAGGCAACUUCGUCGUUGGAUACAGAGACCGAGAGAGAGUUGCUGAACAAUAUCAAGGAGGUGCUUGGCAGCAAAGCGCGUACGAGUGUGUUUGUGGCACAUAGACUUAGAACGGUCUCAGAUUCAGAUCACAUAAUAGUACUCAGGGACGGAUAUGUGGAUGAGGAAGGAGAUCAUGAUGAGCUGAUGAAGCGUGGAGGAACAUAUUAUAAAAUGUGGCAGCAGCAGCAGCUUGAGCAAGCAGUUUGA